AUGUGGUCACAGUGGAGUUGCGAGCCUCGUAGGGGUGUGUUGCGUCGUGUCGUUGCUUUUUUUUCUUUUGGAUAUAUGGUGAAAUGUGACAGUUUUGAUUCUGUGGAAAUUAAUUAACUUUGGAUUACUCGGAGGCAUUUUACUGAAGGUAUGGACUCUGAGCGUCAGGCGCAUACUGGAGGUUGAUCAAAAUGUUGGUGGAAAACUCUGGGAACAGCAAUGGUGGAGAGGGAAAAGGAUCCAAUGGAAGUAAUGGAGGCAAGACCAAUGGGGUGACAAAAACGAAUGGUGGGACCAAGAGCAGUGUUAAUAGCAAACCUACAAGCUGUAGCAAACUUAGUAGUUGCAACAAGCCUAACAGCUGCAUAAAGCCUAGCAGUUGCAAUAAGUCUAGUAACUGCAGUAAGCCUAGUAGCUGCAGCCAACCAAGCAGCUGCAGCAAGCCUAACAGCUGCAACAAACCUAGCAGCUGCAGCAAGCCUAGCAGCUGCAGCCAACCUAGCAGCUGCAGCAAGCCUAGCAGCUGCAGCCAACCAAGCAGCUGCAGCCAACCUAGCAGCUGCAGUCAAUCUAGCAGCUGCAGCCAACCUAGCAGCUGCAACAAGCCUAACAACUGCAACCAACCUACCAGUUGCAGCAAGCCUGCCCCAACAACUCCCACCAGGAGCAUAUCCAGUGGAGUUGAUUCUCAGCUGAUGUACACACCACCUCAUGUCCUCAUCCGGUCCAUCUCCUCGCUCUCACAACACUCCCUCAGGCCUCUAACACCAGAACAUGACCAGGAUGAUGGGAUUGUGUCUGUUCCAGCCUUACGCAAAGGUGUGUUGCUCCAGGCUCGAGACCGUCUUUUCUCACGCUGGAAGGAACGUUAUUUUGUUCUUACUCGGGAUUACCUUGCAUGCUUCAGAAGGGGUUCUACCAAAUAUUCUGAAAUGGGAUCGUUUAUAUUUAAGGUUAACUUAGCCUGUGUGGAGUGUGUAGAAUGGCAGGAUCGUCGUGGCGGUCCAGCUCUGGCACUAUCUUUACCUCGUGAAGGCAGAGUACUACUAAGAGCCAAAUCAGGCUUAGAUCAGUGGUAUAGAUUAUUACUGGAGGCUACAAGUGCCUCUCGUCAUCGACGCAGUGCCCUCCGCCGUGGUACUUCCACCACACACUUAAAUAACAACCUAGAUACCACACCUCCAGUUAAAUCAGGUGGUAUACAGUACAGUCUAAGUGGGUCAACUCCAGAAAUAACAAGGCUGUGUGAUUCAGUUUGCGAUGACUCCCCUGGUGGCAGUAGUGCACGAGUUCUCACACGACACCAUCGAUUUUCUCUUCUUGCUGAUGUGGACCUUGGCUCGUGUGACACAGAUGUAGCCACCCCCUCCUCCUCUGUCACCUCCUCCAACAAAUUUAGUACAUCAACAUCAGCUUCUAAUACCUCAGGAUCAGGUGGUUCUUCAUCGCUGGCUUCUUCACCUUCUCUUCGAGGCUCUUGUGCUUGGCCCCGUCCAUCGUCUCCUCUACGCCCUGUUCUGGGUGAUGCUCCCAGGUCGAGACUCUCGCUGUAUGAAGGUGCCCGAGAAAUGCCAACCAGUGCCAAGAUGCGCCAUUCAGUGUGUCUUGAGCCUCGGGAUCAAGCUCAGGACCUUGCUAGAAAACAAAAGAACAGACAUUCUAUAUGUGUAGAACCUCGUGACUUGGCACGAACCCGGGCAUCGCUCUGCCUGGAGCCCCGCAAUCCCUUGCUGGACCUCAUGGAGAGUGUAGAGGCCAUUCCAUCAUUGCUGUCGCCUGAAGGCUCUCGACUUUCAACAUCUGCUAGAACAUCACCAUCAAAAAGUGAAGGUGACAGAAGAUCCAGCAAUGAUGUCCCACUCAUGGUGAGUGAAGUUGACAUUAGUCCUUGUCCAGGGGCUGCCGCUACCCGUCCACGUGCACACUCCACCUCACUCACUCCAGAGCGUUCUCUAGGACCACGUUCACGAUCAAAUUUAGGCUUCUUCCGACACUCAGGCCUCUUUAACCAUUAAGUUUUUAGGAUUAAUAAAUACAACACACACACCAUACAUACACAAGAAAAAUUAAUAUAAGGUUUAAUUGUACCUUAUGAAAUCUCUUUAAGAGUGCUCGUCACACACUGCCUCAUGGGGUGCAUGAUUCACCCCAAGUAAACAACAUCCAUUCCCUUUAAACAUUAUUUGCUAUGAAAACAGAAUUUGUUAAUUUAAAGGAUUUGUAGGACUAAGCUAUCUGCUGAAAAAAGUAAUAACCAUUGAUUCAAUUGCAUUUUACUUUAAAUUAUGAUUUACAUACACCAGGUAUGAACUUUUCCAACAAUUUCCUGUAUGUUUUGUAAUAUAAUGCAAUUCAUUCAUAAUUCCUCCUUCCAUACAAUUUUACAUAUGCAUCAUUCAUGCAUUCUUUUAUUUUGUAACAGUUUUCAUAUUAAUAGAAUUUACAGAAUGAUGAAAUAUAUUGUUUAGUUUUGGAUCUAGUUUACAGCAAUAAAUUUUUUAAGCCUGAAAAUGUUUUAUGACACGCAAAAGCAGUGUGAUGCAGGGAUCACCCCCACCUCCUUCCCUCCUUCCAAGCAGCUGCUAAUAUUUCACAGGAUGUAGUUCUUGGGCAGGUAAUAAUUCAUCAAGCAACUAUAUUAAUUUUCAAAAUUCAUAUUGUUCUGUGUAUGGUUUGGCAGUAUGCAAAAUACACCAGUACUAUAAUCCCACCACCCAAAUUACAUGUAAAUAUAAUAAAUCUUGUCUAUAAUAGUGAACAGUUUGAGGGAAGAUCAUCACAUAUGUAUCAGUUAUUUAACAUGCUUGCAAAGAAAACAAUUCCACUACUUUCUUUUUCUUCUCUUUCACAAAAUUCUUACUGCUUUAUUGUCUGAUAUACAUAUUAUUUAAGCAAGUCACUGAGCUUGUAUAUACAGUACUUCAUAAUUAGAUAAUGUGCAUAAACCAGUGAAAAACCAAAUAUGAUAUACAAGACAUACAAGCAUUGCCUGAUUAAAAACUAGUCAUUUCUGAGGGUGUGGACAUACCACUGAAUUACAAUAAGUGCAUUUACAAAUAGUACUAUUGAUAAGUUUUUGGGUUUCCAUGGUCAUUAAGUAAAUAUUCAUUUAUUAAGAAAGGUAUAUUUUACUAAUCUGUAAAUGAUGUGCUGAACUUGGUGCUUUCUGCUCUUAUCAAAUUAAACAGAAGAUCAGUUACCAAAACCCAACUAGAUCAAAAUUGUAUUGUUGAAUAUGGCUGGAGCAAUAAAUUUAAUAAUAAUAAUAGCAAUAAUAAUAAUAAUAAUACUGUAAUAAUAAUAAUAUUGAUCAAAACAAGGCUUAAAAUACAAAAUAACUUGUAAAUUACUGUAAUUAUUUUUUACAGUAAUCAAACAUAUGUACAUUCUUUUAUUUAGUAAAUAUAAAUCAUUAAAUUGUAAAUAAUUUGGAUAUUUCACAAGAAAAAUAUUGAGUGGAUUUCAAAGCCUGAAUUUUAUGCAAAAUUAUUUAGCAAUGAUCAUAAAUGCUAACAUGUAAUCAAACAAAUGUUAUAUGCAAAUGGUGCUCUCAAAUAUGGAGGUAAUCUUGCCAGAUAGAGUUCUUGGGAUAGACUGAUCAAUAUAUGACAUGACAAAUCGUAGCCUCCCUCCAAGUUUUCAGUCUGUAAAAUUUGCAAUGUAAUGUAAAGUUACUACUAAAUUUAAUUAUGCAUUUGUGCUUGAAGUUGAAAAAAUUAUAGUGUUGUGUAGAAUGAUAGCAUAGUUUAGGGUGCGGCUCUGUACUUGCUUAUGCUGACUCCCAUCCAUUAUGAUAAAUGUCAUGGAAUGUGACGAAGUGUACAAGCGAGGUUGAAUAUAUUUGUAUAUAUUCACCAUGCUUUUACAGUCUUUAGUUUUGAAUUAUAGUUCACCUCCUACAUAGUAACUCUAGGAUGUUAUAAGCCAUAAAUUUGACUACAGCUGUUCAAAUAUGCUCAUGAAACGAGACAAUUGAUAAUUAUCUCUACAGCAUAGUCUAAGAUUUACAUUUGUACUACCAUAUGUUGCAACAUAAUACAAUAAAUCAUCUCACAGCUGCUUCAGUGUAUGCUGUAUUAAAUAAUGCUGUUUCUGUGUCAAGAUGCGAUAUGUGCUUUUAUAAACAAAUGUAAAAGGGUAUUUACUUUAUGGCAAAAAUAUUACAAAUGAACUCUGUGGGGCAUGUUUAAUAAAUAUUUGCAACUAUGAGCUGGUGUUAAGAGGACUCAAGACUAUUUCAUUUACUAAGCAAUACUACUACUAACUAUAACCUCCAGAUGUCUUUCAGCUUUUUGGCAGCCAUCCGUGAGUUUUGGAAAAGAUGUUUGUGGUAUUUAUAUUAUUUGUAAGUGAAAUGAUUGGUUAGAUUCUAAAGGUAUUUUUCUUUUGUUUAUGUAAUUCUUGCACGUAAGUUAUGAAGUGUUUGUGAAAAAUUAUUGUUUUUGCCAGUAAUAUUUUACUGCUGCAUCCUUGAUCAUAACAAAUUAAAAAUGUAGAUAUACAUUUGACUGAAAUUAGGUGCUUUGUAUGAAAUGUAAUGCUUGAAUUGCAGAUUUCCUUGCAACUGCUAAAUACAAAGACUUUUCCUUAACUCGUUUAGACUUCAGACCUCUCACGCUGUCAAAUGUGGUGUCCAGUGGCACUUUAAAAUACAAGUAUUUCUGCUGUAAGAAACGUAACUCCAUAAUGUGAUAUCUUGUGCUCUUCCACUCAAUUUAACUAAGAGUGGCAUUAAUGGUGAGGUUAAUUUCCUUUACUAAUUCUAAACUUGUAUAUUUCUGAAUAAUAAGAAUAAUAAAUCAUUAUCUCAUUACAUCAGACAUCUUUGUAAAAGGUGCAAAAGAAAAGACAAUUUUGAAAGAAUUGUUCAUCAUCGUUCUUCAGCACUUUUUAAAAUGCAAGAUAGUUCCUCUGGCAUAAAAGUAAUUACCUUUAUUUCAGUAUGUCAUCUAAAGCUCAACACCUGAUAAUUCUUGUAACAGAUUACAAUGCAUAACAUUCAAGUAAUGAGUAAUAAUAAUAAUGCAAUACAGUAUAGAUUUCUCAUGUAAACACUACCAAUUCUACUUUGGAAACAUCUUUCUUUUGUUUACAUUGUCCUGUACCUACAGUAGGUAACUGUAUACAUAAAAGUUAAUAAAGGUAAUCAAAUGUUA